UCCUCCAGACAGACUUUUGUAGCUGUGACCAAGAAAUCACUCAGCCUCUAAUUUGAGCUUCAGGCUCCAAAGGAACGCCGCUGCAAACACACUCACGCUGCUGUUUCCUACAAGUUUGGAGAUGAUCUGGUGGACAGCCAGCAGGGCCUGGCUCUACUUCUCCUGCUUCCUCCUGCUGGGUGUCUGCUCCCAACCAGAGGCUGGAGGACCAGAAGUGGUACUGGACCAAGUAUCAGGAGAACCUGACUUCGGGGAUUGGGAAAUGGGUUCUGGAUCUUCUCUGCUGCAUCUCUUCAACAACUUCCCUGCUGACAGUUCCUUUGUUAAUGAGUCCCCAAAAGAACCAGUCAAUUGCACGCAGCGCUUCUGGUUGCCACCUCCCUCUCCAGUCUGCUGGGAAACUGUAGCAGAACCGGAGGAGUUUGCCAGGUCCCGUCUGCUUGUUCUGCAGAACAGGGCCGCGCUGCAGGCGGUGUCUGACCUGAGCGGGGUGGAGGAAGCAGGGGUUUCCUACAACCACCAAGCCAGAGAGGAGGUCCAGGGCGUCCAGUCAGACCACCAGAAGGUGACCGAGAUAAUGCAAACCAUGGAGAAUGUGUUUGUCUCACUGGUGGAGAAAAGGAAAGAGGGGAAGGAGCAGGGCAUUCUUACUAGCAUAAGAGAGCAUCUUACCAACACAAGGGAGGCUAUGGAAGGAAAAGAGCUCCUGGCAAACAACCUGGAGAGCCGCUUUUCUACUUUAGAGAAGACUCUGCUCAACAUACACCUUCGACUCAACAAACUCAUUCGACAAUGACAGCAAUCAAAGCCUCCUCAAAGAGC